AUGCAAAAUUUACCCAGGAAUGCAAUACCUAAUAUAAUUAGUGGAUCUUUCUUUAGCUCUGACUGCCAGGAGGAGUGGAGCAAGUAUCGGGAGGGGGUGGAAACAGUGCCUCUACCGACGUUCAUCCUUGGCCCGUGUUGGACUGAGCAUGGCCAGUUCUAUGGAGACUUGUCACGUGAUGGAGGAGAGCUUUGCCCCAAUGUCACAUGUCUAGGUCAGCGUGGAGUGUACAGUACGUCCAGUGGUCUGAGGGUGGCCUAUCUCAGUGGGAGCUACCAGGGGAGGACCUAUCAGCAUCAAGACAAUGGAGAUAAUCUAUUGCGACCAUAUUUCACUGACUCUGAUGUGUCCUGGCUGGAGGGUCAGUGCAGUGGAGAGGGCUACCGUGGAGUGGACAUUCUCCUCACCUCUGAUUGGCCCGGGGCAGUGAACAAGUUCACAGUGGCUCCUGACGGACUGGACCUGAGUGCAGUGGGGGCAAAGCCUCUGAGUAAACUGGCCAUGUGUCUCAAGCCAUGCUACCAUUUUGCAGCUCUACACCAAACCUUCUAUGAGAGAAUACCGUACAGUAAUACCUCCACAACUUUUGAUGCUAACUGUAUUGUGCUUCAUUUCAUGCAGGAAUCACAAAAUCCUCCAAGGCAAGCCACAUCAUGUGACACGGUUCUUAGCUUUGGCUCAAGUGGGAAAUCCAGACAAGAAGAAAAGAUACCUGUAUGCAUUCUCUGUCACACCCAUGAGCUCCAUGGACGAGAAAGAGCUGACUCAGCACCACCCACUGCCACCAACUGUCCCUACACUGAACUAGUCAAAUCUUUGAGGGAGUCUCAAGAGGAGGCUGGGCCUAACUUCUUCUUUGACCAGAGGGCUCUUCAUUCAGCUCAUCGCAAACAGAAGAGACGACAAGACAGAGGACCCCCUGAAAAGAGACGAUCCCCUCCCCAGCCCAGGGGGCCGUGCUGGUUCUGUCUGGGGGGCAAGGAGGCGGAGAAACAUCUCGUGGUCUCCAUCGGAGAUCAUACAUACCUGGCUUUAUCCAAGGGUGGGAUGGUACCAGAGCAUGUGCUGGUCCUACCCAUCGGUCACUAUGCAGCCUCCACUGACGCACCACCAGAGGUUUUGGAGGAGCUUGGAAAGUUUAAGAGUGCUCUGAGGAAGUACUUCAACAGCAAAGAUCAGUCAUGUGUCAUCUUCGAGAGAAACUACGAAUCACAACAUCUUUAA